ACAUUUUGGAAUAUAAUUUUUCUUCAGACAAAAUUUCAUUUUAUAGUCUGUGAAAAGUGGUCAAAGUGGUUGAUUGUUCGUUGAAUUUUUGUCUCCGCUGUCCGCAAACGUGAAAUAAACACUCGCCUGAAAAGGGCCAUGGCAAAGGACACGCUCCUCGAAACUGAACUGAAUAAACAUAAAUAGUCCGUGUUUAAUUUUCGUCAAAGAAAGUCAACAUGGAAAUUGUCGACGUUGAAGAAUGCCAGCCCGACCCAACAGCGGUCACAAGAAAGAAAAGUUUAUGGGCUAAAAUUAACAAUAGGACAACGUACAGUUAUUUAUUUAACAUCGUAGUAUCAAUACUGUUGCUCACAUGCCUGGUUCUAGUGCUGUAUUUUUUCAAAGAAUAUUUGAAGACGAUUUUGUACUGGGUGGACGCACAAGAUCCGUGGAUAAUAUUUUUGUUGUUUAUGGGUUUAUUUUUGAUCGUGAGUUUUCCAGUGACGAUAGGUUACUUAGUGUUGAUAAUAACUAGUGGAUAUUUGUUCGGGAUCGUGAAGGGGUUGGUGACAGUGCUGGUGAGCGCGAACUUUGGCGUGGCGGUGGCGCACUUCACGCUGAAGGCGCUCCGUAACUACCUGCCCCUGGACCGGCUGCUGAAGAACGAGACGGCGCGAGCUCUGCUGAAGGUGAUCUCGGGCCCUCAAGCCUUCAAGAUUGUAUUUUUCGCGCGACUGACGCCAAUACCUUUUGGAUUGCAGAACACUAUAUUCGCGGUAAGCGACGUCCGUGGCUGCGGCUACCACCUAGCGACCAUGCUGGGGCUGCUUCCAGCUCAAGUCAUCAACGUGUACCUCGGCUCCACGUUGCGGUCCAUGCACGAUGUGCUGCACGAGUCCCAUCUCACUGGAUACGUCGUGUUUGCUUUUCAGAUCCUGAUCGGCAUAACACUGAUGGUGUGGGUGGUGCAGAAAGCGCGCAAAGAGCUGACGAUAGCCAUAAUGGCGGCUGAGCUCGGCCGGGAGACGAUAUCGACAUCCAGCAGUUCCUCCAUCAGCUAGCCCACGCCUAGGGCUUCCACCGAUGUGGACAGCGUCUCCGAGGAACCCACGAGCUAGGGCUGGCCCUACGCCUGCUUCCGACACACGUUCGAAGCCCGCGACGAAACUUACGUAUGAAAAGGGUUAGUAGCAACCCUGUGAUAUUAUAUUAUAAUCGCCAUGUUACCUCCAAGAGGACUAGUUUAACUGAUAUAUGGGGAUUAGAUGUUUGAUAUUUAUAAGACUUUCCUUGUAUUGGUUACCUAUAGGUUUAGUACUGAAUCUCGCUCAGGACUGACGGGUGGGAAGUUGGUGAGAAUUGGCACGUAUUUGGAACUGAAGUUUUAGUUAUUGAGUGGACACGCUUCAUUGAACGAAGCAGUAUCUUAAAACGAGUCUUUAAAUCCGUUUUUAAGUGAAAAAUCGAACGUAAGAUUAAUUAACGAUUGUACUCAAUGACUACCGCCGCGGACAUUUUAAUUUGAAAUAACGAGGUAAUAUCGUUUUAUUUUACUAAAUUACCUAUUUAAUCCGUUGGUAAAUAAACAAUUAAUACGGAAAACUGCGGUAUAACAUAUAAUUCGAGUGACCCAAAACGUGGAAAAGUCACAGUAAAGAUAAUUAAAAUUACAAACAAUACAGUGAUUAGCGCAGAGUUAAUUUUAAUUUGGGAAUCCCAGCUUUUGUAAUAAACACAAAUAGAACUUAUUUUCGCUGAUCUCAUCGUGAUGCAUAAAGAAAAACAAAACUUAUCUCUUCUGAUAUAAAACGUUUGGAAAGAAUCCAAAAUGAAUUCGCUUAAAAACAAGGUGACUUAAAAUUAGGACGAAUUUAAUUCAACGACAAAUUAAAGUUGAAUAACCUACACUUUAGAAUCGAGUAAUCGGUCUGGAUUUGGAUUCGAUUAUCGUAAUCGGUAAUCGUGUAAAACAAUUAAUACUGCGGCUGUAUAAUACGCAGUAAAGAUUCAUAGAUAAAAAUUAUAGUUUGGAUUUAAUUAAAGACUGAUAUGGAAUAUUGUCAGUAAUGUAAAUUAUAAACAAGAUUUUUUCGGUAAAAUCAGAAGCUUAAAUUAUCUAACAACUAUUUUUCCUCCGGAAAAAUCUAAAUUCAACAUGUAAUGCUGUCGAGACAUUUGAGUAAACCUUUAUUGACGUUGGCAACCAUUUCUUUAAAAGUUUUGGUCUUGAGUACAAUCGCUGUCAAAAUUCUUAAAAAUAUUUUGUGUUUACUUGUAACAAUUUCCAGAAUGAACUGUAAAGUUAAUAAAAAUGCUCAAACCGCAAAUCACCAAUGACUUUGCAAUAGAUACUGAUAAUAUUUAAUCAAUGAACUAGUUACUCAAUCAUUGCAAUAGCACUCGUAUUUUUAUCAACUGAUAAUAAUUAGUUCUAACACGAAGCGUGAAGGUCGGGACAAGGUCUGUUGUACGACGGAACCAAAUAGCUUAAGUCAGUUGCACAUUUAAUUGUAAACUCUAUGGUGUCUAAAUAGAGUCCACUUUGAAGUAAAACGCUAGCUAACAGAUAAGUGGAGAUACCUCAUUCCGUUAAGUCAGCGGGAUGUACAAACACGCAUGUGGGAUAUCAUUCUGAUAAUGGCAAUAACUGCCUCGGAUGCCCCGAUAAGCCAUUCGAUCGUCGAUCACACUUCACAAUAUGGCGUAAUUAUUACACCGAAAAAUCAUCAAGUACUUAAUAAAUCUCGAAAUUUGACCGGAAUCAGAUAUCUCCUUCAAUGAUUUUCUACUCUACAAUAGUUUAAGGGAAAUCAAAUAAUGUAUGAAUUGUACAUAGUCGGUAGAUUUUCCAGUUGGGUACCAGAUGUAGACGAUUUAUUUUUCAACGAUAUUUUCAGCAAAUAAAAUACUUUUCGGAAUUUAUAUUGGUAGUGUUUAGUAUUAAUGUUGUUGCCAAAUUUUAUCGCAGACAAAUGAGUUUAGCAUUUUUAAUUAUUAUUUUUCUAUGAACUGAUUUAUUACUCUGUUGCCAUUAGAUAAAUCGAGGGAUAAUAUAAAAUGUUCAUAAAAGGUAGACGUCAAAAUACUGCAGAUUAGAAAAUAAAUCAAAAUAAGAACGCUAAAAUAUAAUUUUCUACAAAGGAAAGAUUCUAAACAUUGGGUUCGUCACGAUAAUUUCAUAUUUAUUUUUCCGACAUUCAUCAUGUGCUAGAAACUUGUCAAUAAAACUGACGCAAGCAUCAGUUUGUUUGUUUAAAUGUUCAUAAACGUAAAUGUGUUUGCUUGUUUGCUGGCUGGCAGUAACAAUAUAAGAUCUUUAAAGACCAUAGAUAAUGUCUAAUAGCUAUGUCGCAGUUUACUUAACUAGCACUGUCAUUAACGUUUGAACUAAUGUGUAAACUUAUAAACGACUAUUAAAAGAUAGUUACAAGAACGUUUUCUUAAACAAGUAAAGGUCUUAAAAAUUAAUGUUCAACUCGUGCCUCAGUACCAAGGUAAUUUUACAACGAUAAAUAAAAUUAGUGAUUACAUUUUCCACUGUUAUUCAAUUUGCAGAAAACACAUUACGUUUCCAUGGCAAUUUAAUUUUUAAUUUGGUAGUACAGCGCAGCCAUUGCUUUUAUUUAACAAGAAAAUACAUUAACACGCGUACAUAGUACCUAUGUUUAGCGAUCUGUUUCGUGGAUCUAAUUGCGUGACUCGCGUGCUCCACCACUGUAUACUAACAACAUAACAAUUUGCAUUAUUUCACUUUAUAAUAUUCAUUUUAAGUGUACACGAAUUAACUUAACAGCUCUUUCUAUUUUUGCCAUCAAUUUGUGACGUCCAUUCAAUUUUGAUAUACAAAGUUUUUACACUGCCAUUUUGUUAGUCACACAAAAAUAAAUAAAAAAAUAACGCUAAACUCUUUUGUCUGUGACAGUACCAAUGCAUUCUUUUGAUGCCAAUACGAUGUAUUAGUGAAAAAGUAUUCGGCAUUUAUUCUUAUGAAAUGGAGACUAAUGUACAGUCGCGUACAGCGAUGUUGAGGAAGUUUAAGUAUUAGUGUACGUAAUGUUAUGAACAUGUAUGGUACAUCGGUAGUGUGGGUAUUUUCGAUAUAAACCUAAUUGUUUAGUGUUACUCUAAAUUAUCUAUUAAUCCGCCACCGAUAUUUUAACCAGACUAAUGUUUGUUUUCAUGUAUUUUUUUUGUAUCUGAAGAAAAUUCAAUGAAAUAAUUAGAUACUAUUUAUGUAUGCUUAAAUUUUUAAUUACAAGUUAAUCAAAAUUGUAUGUGCAAUAUUGUUUUGAGAUUCUGAUCUCCAAGUUUCUCUUUUUUUUGAAUGUAUUUUAUUGGUGUACCUUCUUUUUCGAUUACAUAGUGUUUUGUGAUAUUAUAUUAUGUGUUCACUCUUAUCAAGUCGAGUCAAAUUGCUUAUGGAUUUUUGUUAGUCAUAAUAAUAUGUAAUUGUAUAAACAAGCAUUUUCCUCUUACAUAGUCUUACCUAAACAGAUUAAAGUUGUUAUAUUUUUCAGUCAACAAAACUUAAUAAUAAAGCCGAGUAUGUAAUUUUAAAAAUAAUAUUUUAUAUAAAAAAAAAACAAUCCAUUAUAAAUUAUUCUUCCUACAUAACCUAAAGACUGAUUUUCGUUUGUAUUUUCUUUCCUAUAGGACCUACAUUUGAGUACUUUUUAGGCAAGGAAUAUUUAUUUUGAAAUUUUAAAUUAUGAAUUGUUUUAAAUCGCGAUUUCUUAUAAUUAUUUAGUAGUCUAACGCUAUGUUAUAUUUUCUUUUAAAAUUGUAUACAUAAAAUUUCGCUCUUGUAUAACUGAAAAUAUUUUUUAUUUACAAAUUGUAUUUGGGAUUAUUUUUCAAAAAAUAUAUUUAUCGUGUAAUUGUAUCUAUUAUCAUCAUAAUUCAUUGUAGUUAUAGGAUCAGUAAGUAUUUUUGUAUUUCAAUCGAUGUUUAAAGUCACUUUUUCCCAGCUCUGUAAGUUACAGAAAAGGUGAUGAUACUCUUUUAACUAAUUAUGUUAUUAACGAAAUAUUAAUAUUCUCUUUAUUUAACACUCUGAAGCCUAACAUCGAACAGUGCCAUUUUAUUUAUUGUUAUUAAAAUCAGAAGUUUCUUAAAAAUAAAUAUUUAAUGUGUUGUAUAAAGGAAACAUACUCAAAAAUAAUAGUUUUGAAACUUGCGUAUAUGCAAAAAUGCACUUGUUUCAGGACUUCGUGUUUUGAAAUAAACGCAGAUUUUUACAUUUAAACGGAGAAAAUUGGAACUAUGACAAAUUCUUGUCUAAUUAUUUUCUAAGUUUAUAAUACUGACUAUCUAUUUGUUUAAGUUGUUUAUGUUUUCGAUUCCACGUAACGAAAUAUUACGCUCAGUGGGUCCUAACCUACAAAGUCACUUUCAACCUUUAUAAAUGUUCAGUUCAUUAAAACACAAUUGAUUACAUUGUAUUCAAUUAAUUUGUUUGUAAAUAGCUAAAAUCAAACAUAGUUUGUUCAUGACCUGUGCCAAAUUAUUUUUAAAUUUUAUUUUUGCUAAUAUUAUUGUGGUAAUUUCUCUCAUUGUUGGGUCUUAGCCAGAAUAUUUCAAGGAUUUCGUUUUAUUAAGUUAUUGUGGAUGGAAGACAUGUGAAACGUUAACCGAGCGAGCUGGCCGGUUCAUAUUUCCAUUUAUCCAUUAGUGUUAAAUUUCGCUGUUUAAAAUACCUUCCUAUUAUAAAUUUCGAAAUGCGGGUAGAUCGAAAAAAUUACGAACACGUCACUAAAUGCCUUUUCGUACAAAACAAAGCUAGUUACUCCAUAAUGUUUCCAUAAUGUUAAUUGUUUGUUGGCUUUCGAUCUUCCCGCGUGGGUCUAUGUCUAAUAACUUCUUCAAUAACAUUUUUAUACUUUAUUAAAAACUUUAUAAAGGUGUGAUGCUUAAAAACUAUACCUAUGCUCAGAAACUUUGAAAUUAUUUCACUAUUUUUGUAAUAAUAAACUUAAUAUAGUGUAAAAUAUAAUGCAUUUAUUGUUAACGAAUUUAUUUUGUGUUAUUUUAAUAAUAAAUCCCACUGUUAUUAUUUUUAAUACUUGUUGUAAAGUACGUAGCGAAUCACUUCGAUAUUGUACAAUAUGAAAUGGUUAAAAAGGAGCCUUAUACUAGAUGUAAUAAAACAUUCUCUAUUA